AAAGAGCACCUCGCGUCCGACAUGUGGCGCAUGCUCGUCGCCGUCACGCUGCUGAACAAGACCGCAGGCACGCACGCGCUGCCCAUCUUCUGGCACCUCAUGGACAAAUGGCCCUCCCCCUCCGCACUCGCCCGAGCUGACGUCACCGAGGUCGUCGACGCGAUCAGGUCGCUGGGCCUCCAAGCGACGCGCGGCGCGCGCCUCGUCGCGAUGUCCCGCGCGUACCUCUUCCGCGCGCCUCCCGCCGCCGUCGCUCCAGAGCCCGCGCGCGCGGUAUGCCGGUCCAAGUACUACCCCGUCGACGCACCCGAGCGCCCCAGCGAGUCCGCGCCGGGGAAGCAGCAGCGGCGCGCGCGGCGCCCUAUCACGCCCAUAUCGGGGCUCCCCGGCAGCGGGCAGUACGCGGAGGACUCGUACAGGAUCUUCUGCGCCGGGGAGGACGAGUGGCGCCGCGUGGUGCCGAAAGACAAGGAGCUCGUCCGAUUCAUCAAGUGGCGGUGGGCCGUCGAGGGGCAGCGGUGGUCGCCCGACGGCGACGGCCGCGCGAAUGGGCCGGCGACGCAAGACUACCUGGAAGCCCUGAUCCAAGAACUC